AUGACUAGUGCAGUAAUCUCCUUGCUUGAAACUGCUAAAUUAAAUGUUGAUAACUAUGUACAAUGGAAAAAUAUAAUCAACACGAUUUUGAUGAUUAACGACCUGAAAUUCGUCCUAUUGGAAGAAUGUCCUCCAACCCCUGGACCUACCGCCUCACGAAUUGUUCGUGAGGUCUAUGAUAGGUGGACCAAGGCUAAUGAAAAGACCAAGGUCUACAUUCUACCUAGCUUAUCUAAAGUAUUGGCUAAGAAGCAUGAAGUCAUGGUCUCUGCUUGGAAGGUCAUGGACUCGCUGCGGGGGUUGUUUGGCCAACCGGCCACUCAUCUCAGGAAUGAUGUUUUAAAUUCCAUUUUUAAUGCCCGUAUGCCAAAAGGGGCGUCUGUCAGGGAGCAUGUCUUUGACAUGAUGGUCCAUUUCAACGUGGUAGAAAUGAAUGACGUUGUUAUAGACGAAGCUAGUCAAAUUAGCUUUAUACUUGAGACACCUCUGAAGAGUUAUCUUUAG